ACAUAUGUCACUUAAAAACAAAUGAUUUGAUUUGAAUUUUGAAUUCAAACCGAAACGAAAGUUGAGUUUGGAAGGAAAGUUAAUUAAAGUUUAAUUAAAAUGAGUUUGUUAAGUGCUGUUUUGCAAGAAGCUGAUAAAGUUAGUAUAGAAGAACUGAAGAAAAGUCGAGACCAAGUCUUACCAACAAUAAAAGAUCUAACUGAACGAGUGCAAUUACUGUCGUGGGCAUUACAACAGAAUAUUAUCGAUACAUUCGUAAAUUUUACCAUAACAAAGAGUUUAGAGCAAUUGAACUAUCAUAAUCGGAAAGCCAAAAUACUUGAAGAUCAUUCAAAAUGCGCCGAAGACAUAAAAUCACUCCAGGAAAGAUACGAAGUAAGUGAUGAAGAAUUUAAAAAUCAUUGUGCAAAGUUAAACAAAUCAAUGGAUAUCUUCAAAGAUUUAUGCGUUAUUGUUGAUGGGAAACGCAUUUUAGAGAAGGCAAAUCAUGAAUUCGGCAGGUACAACUACAGUGAUGCUAUGAUGGCAGUGAAAAGUUUGAAAAUGGAAUUGAAGAAUUUAAAAUUCGAGGGUAAUAUGGCAAAGGCUUUGACGGCUAUUAAUGCACAGGCUGAAAAUCAACUGGCCUUGUACACAGCCCAGCUAAGUAUUGAAUGGGAAGAUAUUUUUACAUGGUCAGAGAAAAAAGGUCUUAAAUUUUUAACAUACUCUUUGUCUGUACAACAGAGUGACCCAUUUCUGUUGAAAAAGAUAUUGAAUACUUUAUAUGUAACAAAAAGAAUGUAUGCGGAACUGGGCUUGUUUUCACAUUUCUUUAUUAACAAUUUACUCCACAAUGUCAUUAGACAUAACUGCGAUAUAUUCACUGAAGAUCACACUGGUGCUAUUGUUUUCAACAUCAAGAUAAAUCUUGACGACCCAAACAAACCAAAUUAUCAAACUAUCUUUAAUAAUUUGACUGCAAUUUUUGAAUUCCUGCACUCAACUUUAGGCUCGCAGUUUGAAAGUGAUUAUACCUUCAUAGAAGUCUUUGCAGAGACAAUCCGUCAGAAAUUUUUCAAUAAAAUUAUUGAAGACUGCAUCAGAAUGAACCUACCGUCUUGUGACAGUAGCUACCAGAACUACAAAAACAUAGUAAUCGAGUUGGAUGCGUUCAACAAAUUCUUGGUCGAUUUGAAAUUUGUAAAAGAGAAUGAAUCACCUCUGACCAAAUACAUUGAUGACACUGAAUGUGUGCUGUACAACAAGAAAUGUGAUAAAUUACUUGCUGAUGUCCGCACACUACUGAAAGAGAGCCUUUCUAAUGGAUUGAUUGUUGUGGGCUCGGAAACCAAUAUUAAUGAGAAUGAAUCCAUACUAGAUGUUACUGAUAAUAACAUCGUAUGGAACAUAACAAAGCCACUGUUUCUCCCUAAAUGUGUGAUCUCACACAAUGUUAAAGCGAUUAUGACAUUAAUCAUAGAACAUUUGGAAGAGAGUGCGAAGUUACCGGAGAGAUACAGCAGGCAACUGGUUGGUUACAUAAAGGAUGUUGCCAUUAUGUACCAGAGCUUUGUUCCUAAGAAGUUUAAGAUUAAUUUAGAAUGCUGUCCUGCUGAUAUUGCCCUGUUCUUCAACAAUUGCUUCUACCUGGCACAUAGUCUACUUGGACCUCCUUGGUGUAACAGUCUCCCCAAGAGUAUGGCUGACCAGCUCAAUGUGGUGCUGCUGGAGUGCAUCCAAGAUCUUCGAGUGUUGGGUCUUGAGAAGAUAUCCUUAUACCUUCAAAACCAGAAAAGCAACAUCAUGCAUAGUAUUGAUGGCAAAGGUGCCGAAUGGACCCACGAGUCCUACGAGCAAUUUGAUUGCGCAAUCAACAACGCUCUAGCCUUAAUGAAAGAUCUAAAGUCUUGUUGGCUCAACGUCCUGCCUGCUCGUAUGUAUGAGAUGUCCGUCUGCACUCUUGUGCAAGCGUUGUGCCAGUCAGUACUAGACAGAGUGCUAGAAGACAGUAAACCAGUCACCGAAGAACUGGUUUACAUGUUGGCUAUGAGAGUUGAAAGUACAGCGGCUGAAAUUUGUACGUUAUUUGAGGAGCCAAUUGAAUUCGACUCAAAAAUAAAUAUUUGGUCGAAGUUCACAAAACUGCCGCAGUUGUUGAAGGCGCAAUUGUUGGAAGUAUCGGACUUAUGGAACAAAGACAGGGAGCAGUUCCAGAGCUACAGCUGUGAAGAAGUACGCCAUAUUACGGCAUUGCUGAUCAUUUCGUUAGUGAUCGUCGUCUAUCAAGGAAGUGGCGUGACGGCACAGGAUGACCUCAUUGAAGAGCCAAUUGCUAUAGAGACGAAGAACAGAGCUGUAACAAUAAUACACACCCCAAAGUACGUAGCUCAAACAAAACCCAAUAACCAGUCAUUGACGAAACCUGACUUGUCUAUUUAUAAACCUGAACAAAGGCCGCCAAGUAAACCGCCCAACAUCCCUGAUAAACUAGUGAUACAAAAUGUCAAUGCCGACGUACCCUGGCCUAGGCACGGGCAGAUACAAAAAGUACCGUCUCGUCUCUAUUCUAAACAACCUACGAAGCUGCAACAUUCAGCAAAUUCUGUAUACAAGUUUCCUAGAGUGAUUCCGUUACCACCACAUCAUAGGACUUAUUAUUUGAAGCCCAGCCGACCUCUAGUGUAUGCCGCCUCUACUGGCGGACCUAUAGUUGUAAAGAGUCCUAAGUUCAGUUUGCCUGCCCAAGUGAUCAAUGGCAUUCGUACGGACUUUGUCAAACCUCCGAAAAUUAGUAAUACAACGUCAUCAACAUCUACUUCAACUUCUACCACCGAAGCUACUACCACAACCACUGAAAAAGUUCUCCGGACAAAAAGGAUAUGGCCCAAACGUGUACAACACAAUGCAAACUCGACUUUAUUACACAACACGACAUUGACAAAAGAUAACACGACUUUUACAAAAACAAACACUACUGACCAGUCAGACCGUGACACCUCAGAGAGCAAAACCCAUCGAACUAGAUUUGCAUACAGAAACACAACGACUGUGACAACGACUAUCAAACCAACGCCAUCAACGCCACGGGUCUAUCGCCCCGUUACAAGGAAACUAAAAGUUAAAACCACAACGCCAUUACCACCGAUUAACUUCACCAAACUCGAACAAAAUGACUGGGUGCCAAUAAUGCCCUCACAUUAUCCAACUCUCAAGAAAGCACCACCACCAUCAAUCACUAAGCGAUCGGACUUAUUUAGUGCCCCACCCGUCGAAUCACAAAGUAAGCAAAUGAUGUAUUUACAAUCUUUUGGGCUUGUCCCGAUACCGAGUUCUCAAACUCCUUUCAUGGCCAGAAAGAAAAUGGUGUUUCUCAAUCGAAAUCGACAAUUGAAACCGACUUAUUCUGGUUACAGUGGGAAGCGGGGACAUUCACCGACGCACUACACGUACGACCUAGAAAGCGAUGGCAGCCACCGACACCCUCGAGUUGUCACCAAAAUCAAACAUCAUCAUCACCACCAUCACCACAAAUACAUUAAAACAGUCGAAAAACCCGUCAAAGUACCAUAUAAAGUUGAGGUUCCUAAGCCUUAUCCAGUACCAGUGGAGAAAAAAGUGGAGGUUCCAGUAGAGAAGGUAAAAGUGGUAGAAAAACCGGUGCCGUAUCCAGUAACCGUAGAGAAAAAGGUGCCUUAUCCGAUAGGAAUAAAAAUACCACACCCUGUGCCUGUAAGAGUGGUGGAAAAAGAGUACGUGCCGAAACCAUAUGCCGUAGUUCAACAGGUCCCAGUAGUGAGACAUGUUCCAGUGAAGGUGGCAGUCCCGGUUCACGUGGAGAAAAAGGUACCAUAUGCUGUAAAAGUCAAUGUGCCAGUACCCGUGGAUAGGCCCGUCCCUGUGCCAGUAAAAGUAGAGAAGCAAGUCCCGUACCCGGUACCGGUCAAAGUACUGGUCCCACAGCCGUAUCCAGUCGAAACGAAAGUGCCUUACCCGGUCGAAGUAAAGGUCAGAGAACCAGUUGAAGUAAUAAAACACGUUCCAGUUAAGGUGCCUUAUCUUCAGCCGUAUCCAGUAAAAGUGCCGCAACCGUAUCCAGUAACCGUUGAGAAAAAAGUGCCUUAUCCUGUCGAAGUGGAGAAAAAGGUUCCGGUUCCCAUAGAAGUGCGUGUUCCACAUAAAGUAGAAGUGGAGAAACGCGUUCCAGUAUAUGUGCCAAGACCUUAUCCAGUCGAAAAAAAAGUACCGUACCCGGUUAAAGUUCCGUAUCCAGUUAGAGUACCAGUCGCAGUAAAAGUGCCAGUGAAGGUACCAGUGGAAGUGCCGGUUGUGAUCCACGAGCCCUACCAAGUGUACGAUGGCGAUUCGUACAGUUCUCAGUACUCAGAGAAUUAUGUGACGGACAGCACGCCUGUAGUGUCAAGUACGCCUCAUCACACGGUGACCGUGCACGGUAACACGGGUUUCCAUGGAUUCCAGUCUCGGUCUGACACGGAGGAGACAACGACAACAACGACCCCUAGUAGUUAGUUAACGAACUUUAGUAAGUAGAAUAUUCAAAGUGUAAUGGUAUUGUUAGUUGCACGGUUGUUAAUAUUCCCACUAGAAUGUUAUGCAGGGAACCUUGUUACAAUAAAUUAUUGUGGUACGUGUGUGGAAAGCUAAAUGUAAGUGGAGUAAAUGAAUGGUGCUGUGAUAAAUG